AUGAAAUAUUUGUCAGCCUUUACUUUAUUGUGCUGUAUUUUUUACAUCAAUUUUUCUUCAUCACUUGUUGUUUCCACCGAAUUACAAAGAAUCCCAACUGAUUUUAACAAUGAAUAUUAUAUCCAAGCUAUAAAGUUAGCUAAAGAUAAUAAUAAUUCUGUUCAAGUUAAAAAGAGAAAUGAUGAAGUGAAGAUUUCUAAUUUAGCCGCCAGAGGCUGGUUUAGUAGUGGUGGUAGUUCUAGUGGAGGUUCAUCAAGUGGUUCCAGUAGCAGUGGAUCAAGUGGUUCCAGUAGCUACGGAUCUAGUUCAGGUUCAAGUUCAAGUUCGGGAGGUAGUUCUGGCUCUGGCUGGGGGUCAAGUGGUUCAAGUGGCUCCAGUAAUUCCGGCUCAAGUUCAAAAGGUAGUUCAGGUUCUGGUUGGGGGUCAAGUGGGUCAAGUGGUUCAAGUGGCUCAAGUGGUUCAAGUGGGUCAAGUUCAAAAGGUAGUUCUGGUUCUGGUUGGGGAUCAAGUGGAUCAAGUGGAUCAAGUGGAUCUUCUAGCUCAAAGGGUGGCUCAAGUUCAAGUUCUGGAGGAUCUAGUUCUAAGGGAGGCCUGAGCUCAAGUUCUAGAGGAUCUAGUUCAAAAGGUGGAUCAAGUGGAUUAAGCUCAGGCUCAAGUUCAAGUUCAAAGGGUGGUAGUGAUUUACCUCCAGCAUAUUCUCCAAAAGAUCCUAGUCCACCACCAGCAUAUUCUCCAUCUUCUGGAUCAGGUUCAAGUGGAUCAAGCUCUGGUUCUAGUCCAAAUUCCAAACCAAAAGGUUCAAGUGGAUCAAGCUCUGGUUCUAGUUCAAAUUCCAAACCAAAAGGUCCAAAUGGUUCCAGUUCAAGACCAAAAGGUUCAAACGGAUCAAACUCUGGAUCAAAUUAUAGAUCAAAUUCUGGAAAUUCUGGGUCAAAUUCUGGCUGGGGUGGAUAUGAUUCGGAUGAUGAUUAUCGCUACCAUAGCAGUCCAAGAAAUAGACAUGGUGGAACUGGAGGAGCACUUGCUGGUGGAGUUAUUGGGGGAGCUAUAGGAUCAGGAUUAGGAUCAGGAGGUAAUACCCAUCAUACAGGUAAUAACCUUCAUGCAGGUAAUACCAACUACACGAUGCUGAAUUCAACUUCUACCAGUGACGCUACAAGUUUAUUAAAGUUCAACUCAGGAGUUGCAAUAAUUUCUGCCAUUUCCCUCUGCAUAGCUAUUUUUUAA